CAAUCAAACCCACAGUACAAACAAACGUUAAUUAUGCGGAAUUUAAAAGCUGAAAUGAACAUGAUCAAAGGGUUGUUUAGCAAGCGCAAGUAAUWGAACAAGWGAUCAAGACAGACACUAAAACCACGACGAUGAAAGCUUCGAAAGGAAGUGACCUGAAAAUAAGAUGAUAUUUGGUGCUCUAGACCCAAGAAUCUUGAACCAAAGGGAACAUGAUUAUUCCACCAAAUUAGCUCCAAUAUUUGCCAGUGUGGUAUCUCUCUGUACAAUUGUUGUCAUUUGUUCUUGGUGUUACAAGUGCUGGAAAAAUAGYGAYGAAAAAGAUGRUGAUGRGCUCAGCUCAAGCUCUGAAUCUCUGACUGGUUACAAGCCCCUGGAUCCCCGUCCUAGGGUGUCUUCAUUACCAGUCAAGACCAGACCRUUUAAGCAGCAAAGAAGUACAAAAUAYCGCAGYACAACACGAAAGUACCAUCCUACACCAACCAGUCCUCCAGGCUCAAGCCCAGAAGCAAUACACCCUAACCGCUCRUCACCUCAUUUUGGCCGCAAGACAAUCAAGUUUAAACAACCACCAAUUCAUAAAUAUGAAAUCCAAACACCUCAACCUAAUAUCACAGAUAUUGAACUUCCAGACGCACCCCCUCCCCCAAGGGACAGCAACUCAGAUGAUGAACUAGGAUGCUUAUUUUUCUCAUUAAAUUACGACUCAAAUAAAAUGGUUUUAACAUUGAGAAUUCAGAAGGCAGUUGGACUUCCUGCCAAAGACUUGAGUGGRACKAGUGAUCCGUUUGUGAAAAUUUUACUUCUACCUGACAAAAARCACAAACURGAGACUCGUAUAAAGAGAAAGAAUCUCAACCCUGUGUGGAAUGAGAUCUUCACAUUCGARGGAUUCCCUCACAACAAAUUGAUGGGAMGGACACUCUAUUUACAGGUGUUAGACUACGAUAGAUUUUCUAGGAAUGAUCCAAUUGGUGAAGUAGAGAUUCCAUUAGAGAACAUUGAGCUUGGUCCAAUGAUUGUUAAUUAUGCCAAGAAUUUACAACCAUGCAAAGGUCUUCAAACUCCAUUAGGUGAUCUACUGAUAUCCCUGAUGUAUCAACCUACWGCUAACCGGAUUAUAGUAGUCGUGAUGAAAGCCAAUCAAAUUAAAGCCAUGGACAUUAUUGGUUCUUCAGAUCCAUACAUCAAGAUAUAUGUUCUACACAAAGACCGACGUAUUGACAAGAAGAAAACAACAAUAAAAAAGAGAACGACAAACCCAGUAUGGAAUGAAUCAUUCAUCAUUGAUGUACCACUUGACAAGAUACGUGAUAUGACAUUUGUGUUUAAUGUAAUGGACUAUGAUCGCAUCACUCGCAAUGAGCUGAUUGGUCAAGUAAUCCUUGGUUAUCGUACAACRGGGAGUUCAUUGAAACACUGGACUGAAAUGAUGAAUAAUCCAAGGAAACCCAUUGCACAGUGGCAUAAACUACAAAUUUACUAAAAACUAAAUAAUGAAAGGRAACAUCUAUGGUAUUACUAAMUUAAAACUUUUGUUUUGUAAGAGGGUUAUACUAAAAUGUGCCAAUUAAAAAGGGGAUGUUUGGAAAUAGGCAAAUACUUGUAUUAUAACUGUCAAAGGUGAAAUGGCCCAACAGAAACAAAAGAAAACUACCAUAUAAUAGUAAUUAACAAUAUGUGAAAUAGAGUGGUUCUCAUUAACCCGUGAAACAAAGUGUAAUAGUCAAAGUGUAAUAGCCAAGAAAUAUAAUAGCAAACAAAAGAGACAAAGUGUAAUAAAGUGUAAUACGCUAAAGUGUAUUUCACAGGUUAAUGAGAACCACUCUAUGAACUACUAUGUUUCAUAGUAUAUAAUACUCAUAUUUCAACAAAAGAAAACAAUGAAAUGAGGGUCUACUAGAAUCUAUUAACCUAUGCUCUUUCAUUGUGCAAUGAAAAUUAUUCAAAUUUCUAUUUAAUAUCAAUUACUAAACAACAAUUAUUAUUGACUAAUAAAGGGUAUUAGCAUAUGAUUUCUAUUUUAAUAAUACCCCACUUUAGCCUAUAACACACAUUCUUCUCAGUUUUCCAAAUUAAAAUCGAAGGCAGCCAUUGAUAUUCUAUUGAGAAAGUGACAAGGAUCUGGGGGGCAAGAAUGACUCUAGCAUGUACCUAGCAAUACUUUGUUAAUUAGGUAUGUUUCUGAGUUGAAUAGGAUAAGAUUUAAGGUUGAUUAAUAUGAUCACUUCACAACUAACAGUAUAAUCUUGAAGCAAGAACAGGACGGUGAUUAUUUAUUUCAUGUGUGGUGUGCCCAAAAAUAAAUGCAGAUUUAUAAUUGAAUUGCACAUUUAGUCAAAUAAUUAGUUAGUUUUCCAAACAAAUUAACAUUACAUGUGAAAUUAAUAAUAAAAUAAAGAAAGUAUAAUACUUGUG